AGAGAGAGAGAGAAGAGAUGAGAAGAGAGGAGGAGAAGAGAAGAGAAGAGAAGAGUCUGUGGAGACUGGACCGAGCUUUUAAUGAACUAGCACUGCGAAUCAGAGCUCAUUUAUUAAAGCCAGGAUGGCUGCUACAGAAGGGAAGCCUGUCAGCAGUUCAGCCGGUAUCCUUACAGACUCCCCAGACUCCAGCGUCCUGGGAGAGCCACAGACCCUGCCCCCCGUGGACCACGCCUCCCUCCUGGAGAGCGGGGAGGACUUUGAGAUGCUGGACCGGGAGGAGGACGACAAUGAUGAUGACAUCAGUGACCUUCCUCCUUUGGAAGACGCCGGAAACAAGAAGAAGGAAGAGAAGCCGGAUGAGACCGGGAGCUCCAGGAUCCGAGACACCCAGAGCGGUGACCCCGACUGGGGCAGAGAGAAGGCAGAGGAGUGGCUGGAAGUGCUAGGGAACGGGAUGCUGAAGAUGAAAACCUUGGUCGCAGGCAAGGGAGAGGACACCCGACCCAAGAAAGGACAGGAUGUCACAGUGCACCUGAGGACCAUGCUGGAAGACGGGACCACGGUGGAGGAGGAGCCAAGCCUCUCUUUCACAUUGGGGGACGGUGAUGUCAUCCAGGCCCUGGAUAUCUGUGUGCAUUUAAUGGAGCUGGAAGAGAAAGCCCUCAUCUACACUGACUCAAAAUACGCUUACGCAAGCCUGGGGUGUCCCAGCCUCGCCGUUCCCCCGAACGCCAGCCUGUCCCUGGAGGUGCAGCUGCUGGAGGUGAAGCCUGCCCCUGACCUGGAGCUCCUACUCCCCCAGGAGAAGAUGGAGCUGGCCAGCAGGAAGAGGGAGCGGGGCAACGUGUAUUACCAGCGAGGCGAGUUCGUCUACGCCAUCACCUCCUAUGGCAUUGCCUUGCAGGUGGCAGAGUCCAGCUCCAAAGUGGACAGCACGCUGGACGAGGACGCAGCGCUCCUGGAUGUCAAGGUGAAGUGUCUGAACAACAUGGCCGCGGCGCAGCUGAAGCUGGAGCACUACGAGGCGGCUCUGAAGUCCUGCACCAGCGUCCUGGGCCACCAGCCAGACAACGUGAAGGCUCUCUUCAGGAAGGGCAAGGUCCUGGCUCUGCAGGGGGAAUACUCUGAAGCAAUCGGGUUUCUGAAGAAGGCGCUGAAGCUGGAGCCUUCCAACAAGACCAUCCACGCAGAGCUGUCCAAGGUGAUGAAGAAGCACCUAGAGCAGAGAGGUGUGGAGCAGGCCAUGUACAAGAAGAUGCUGGGGAACCCGAGUGGGAGCAGCAGCAGCAUCGGGCACGAGCAGAGAGCCAGGGUGUCCUGGAGCUUCAGCUGGAAGUGGCUGUUUGGCGCGACCGCCGUAGCGAUCGGGGGCGUGGCCUUGUCCGUCGUCAUCGCGGCCCGGUACUGAAGAGCCCAGCGGCGUUGCGAAGGAGGGGGAGGAGUCUCGAACGCAGCGGGAGAACCGCGCCGCGCUCCAAUCACAGGGCAAGAGCCAUCGCAGCGAUGAACACGCAGGGGCCCACGAAAUGCAAAUACUGAAAUCAAUUUAAUUUAAAAUAAAGACAUAAAUAUAUAGAUGAGAGGGAGAGAGAAAAGACAACCUUUACACAACAAAGAUGUGCAGUGGUGUGUCUUUUAAAAAAAAAAAAAAAAAAUUUCUAAAUGUGUGAACGGUCAAGCCAGUGAAGAAUUGAUAUUAAAUAAGACACUUUGUAUAGAAAAUGUUAAUGAUCUGACUGACUGUUAUGGGAACAAUUUAUUACUAUGAAUGUGUAUAUAGUAUCUAUCAGGGGACCCUGGAUAGAGGCAUUAGAGGCUGUAGUGUUCAUUUAAAUAUCCUCUUUAUUGCAAACCCCUUUGUAGCAAUGUUAGACUGCUCUGUGCACCCCCCCAGCAGCAACAAAAGCAACCUUUUUCCUUCAUCGCCUAUCCUUACCAGGGCAGCCUGGAUAUGGGCUUGGCGCAGCCGAGACUGGGAGUUACACUGCCCAAUGAUAACUGCACGGUUUAACGUCCUGGGACUGAUUUUAGAAGAUGUGUUGCCGGAGGGCGGAGUCGUUUUACUCGCUCGCUGCUACCCUGUCGUUAUAUAAUUUAUGUUUUAUGGCUGAGGACCAAUUUAAGCAAGAUAUAAAAUGAAAACAUGGGCUCCCACUGACCAAAACUGUUGGUGUGGAUUGAAAAAGAAGUCCUUGUAAAUGCAUCGAUCUUUUGAGCACCGAGCUGAGAUGCGAACGCCUUGCGCUGUGUGAUGAGAGCUGGCUGGUGUGCUGUCUGUGGAAAGAGAUGCAUUUUGUCAAGUGAGAAAUCCCGGGCUGCAGGAAAGGGGAGCUGUGUAGAAGUUAUUAAAGAAAUGUUUUUAUUUC